CGGGCGCACGUUUGUGGCCGUCAUGGGCCUUGCUCGCCCACAACACACAGCUCUUUGGUCCAGCCGCUAAGCCCCACCGUCGUCGCCAGAAACGAGGGAGACCCAGGGUGCUGGCAUUGAUGCGUCUCCGUAUCUACGUCGUAGAUUGUUUCCGCCCGGCACUCGACGUCUGUAUGUUCCAUUCAUGCCCUUUUCGAUCUUCCCUAUGCGUCUUUCCCUCCUUCUUUUCCCCGCUGCCGGUAGACGCUAGGUUGCCACACUCGUCUUCCGUAUCAUCCCGCCAACAGCAACAUCGUCGAAGUGAGAGUCGACGUGACGGGCAGUCAGAGACGGACAGACAGACGCAAGCGUCAGGAAGCGAGAUCGCAUGUUGCUCGCUUACUACCGGUCCUCCAGCCGACACUAAACCUACAUCUAAUACCGUGCCCGCGAGCGAGGCCUAAAACCCAAUAUCACCCACGCCACCAACGGCAAUAAUCCUAUUCCUUCUGGGCCACUACAGCCGUUGCGAGCAACUGCUUAGGUACAGGUACUACAAGGCGGCUAUUUUUCGGGGACACACACGUACUGUACCUUACCGUGCUCGCAUUCCGUUCCCUCGUCGCCUCCAUUUUCUCGACUCUCCUCUUUUUUUCUUCUUCGCUCUCUUUGUCGUCUUCUUCCCUGCUCAACUAGAAAAGCGGUCUGGUACCCCCGAAGGCUCGAGGUGUGACGCACAUCAGGCCGAGAUUAGUCUCCUUGCCGCCGCCCUAAAUCUCUACCUUUCGAUCGACCCAACGACCUCAUCCGACCCCAGGGAGGCAUGGCAAGCUGCUAGCCCGUCUUGACAGAAAAAAGACAAGCACCCGCGGCUCAGCUCUCUCUAUCGAGCCACUCGCCUGCGACCACUCGCCCGCCAAGACCACACUAAAUUUGCUGCAUCCGCUGGCACUGGAACACUGCGGGGCCACACGAUCGGGGACCAAGCGACGGACGAGGAGGGAGCAAAAAGAAAAAAAAAGCGGGGAGCCUCCCUGUCUCGGAACUGCGUGCUGCUCCACCACUAGCUCUGCUGGCUGGCCCGACCUUGGAUUCUUAUUAACCCAAAAAUUCCCCAACCCACCCCCCUGGCCUGCCUGCUGCAAAGCCCGCACGCUGCUGCUGCACCACCAUACCUCAUCCACUUACACCCGCCGCUCCGAAUCGUCCACCGCACAACCACGCUGGACACGACGAGCGAGGUGCGACGGACUGUGCCUUCACCUUGAGCAGGCCCCAAAAGCCUUCCUGACCAGACAGACUCCUGAAGAAAUUGCCGGGCAAUUGAUUUGGCGACAUGUCGCUCAAGCAGGAAAUAGAAGCCUGGGUCACGGCCCUGGGCCGCUACGACAACAAUGAGUUCGAGGACGCUCUGGGCGAGUUCGACAAGAUCUCGGACACCUCCAAGAUCCUUUUCAACAUGGGCGUCAUCCAUGCCACGCUCGGCGAGCACGAGAAGGCCGUCGAGUGCUACCAAAGAGCCAUCAAGCUGGACCAGUACCUAGCAGUGGCUUAUUUCCAGCAGGGUGUCUCCAACUUUCUGCUCGGUGACUUUGAGGAGGCCCUCGCAAACUUCAACGACACCCUGCUCUACCUCCGGGGCAACACCAUGAUUGACUAUGCCCAGCUCGGACUUCUGUUCAAGCUGUACUCGUGCGAGGUGUUGUUUAACCGUGGCCUGUGCUAUAUCUAUCUCCAACAGAAGGACGCCGGUCUGCAGGAUCUGAACUACGCCGUCAAAGAGAAGGUGGUUGAGGACCACAACGUCAUCGACGACGCCAUCCGCGAGGAGGCAGAGGGCUACACGGUGUUUUCCAUCCCCGUCGGUGUAGUGUACAGACCCAACGAUGCCAAGGUGCGGAACUUGAAGACGAAGGAUUACCUCGGUAAGGCGCGCCUGGUCGCUGCGUCGGACAGAGCCAACGCCUUCACUGGCUUUGCCGGCUCCGAGAUCAAGAACGCCGGCAAGACCGACGUCAAGGACGACCGCCCGGCCGACAACAUCUCCUUCGCGGCCACGAACCUAGUCAAGCCCGGCCUGCAGAGCCGCAGGCAACAAUCCGAGCCGCCCAACGGCAGGAAUAAUGUCUUCCCUCCCACCCCGCCGCCCGAGAACGACAAGCCGACGACCAUGAGCCGCGGAGCCUCCGUUCGCAACGGGCCCAAGCCGAUGCCCGCCAAGCUCAACAUCGAUAAGGCGAGGCCCAACGACCGGUACGAGCGGACAUCGUCCCCACAGGAGCAGCGCCGGCCACAGAGGGCCGCCUCGUCCGCCUCGGUCACGCCGUCGCGAGGCUACUCGCAGCGUGGCGACCCUCGGAGGAGACCGUCAUCGCGAGAGGAAGAGGAGGGCUACCUGGACGACGUCUACGAUACCUACGGCGCCGGAGGAGGUGGCGGCGGCGGCGGCGGCGGCGGCGUCCGCAGCAGUCGGUCGCAAAGACGGCCUCCGCCCCAGCAGCAGCGGUACAUUGAAGAGGAGGAGGAGGGCAGCGAUUUCGACGAUGGGUCCUUUGACGAGGGAGACUUUGAGAUGGUCUCUAACCGCAGGCCCGGCACCAACUCGGUUUCUGGCUCACAAAGGGGCCAGUCUCGCAGGCCCGACAUCCGAAACAUCAAGGUCAAGGUGCACUACACGGCCACGGACGACACGAGGAUGAUCUUGAUCGGAGCUGCUUGCGAGUAUGCCGGCUUCGUCGACCAAGUCCGCAACAAGUUCAAGAUCCCCUCUCGCCGGGGUAUCAAGAUCAAGGUCCGCGACGACGAUGGAAGCGGCGGUCAACCUGACAUGAUCACCAUGGGUGAUCAGGACGACCUGGAUAUGGCCAUUAUGAACGCCAAGUCCGCCGCCCGGAGAGAGAGGCAAGACAACGGAAAGAUGGAGGUUUGGAUUCAGGAUGCAUGAUAGAGUGGAGCGAUGAUUUUUCUUCUAGCCACAACGCGUCUCAUAUACCCCAGCAUCCGAGUGCGUUUCUGAGCCACACGAAAGUUAUGAUGGGUUUCCCCACGUUUUUGUUUUUUCCUAUGAUAAAAGAUUACACCAACCUGUACCGCUGAGCUGUCAUCAUUUCCAUCUCACAUACUCCUCUGGCACUCCGGACCGGGACAUGGCUGAGAGCCUUGCCCUGGGUUAACUGCCUUCCCGAGCUGGUUGACUGCAUUGCACCCUUCCACUUGUUCUCUCUAUCGAGUCGGACCGACCGCGUUGUUCCUCGUUCCUUUUCGUCUUCGGGGUUUCUGAUCUCCUGUCUUGAGUGUUUUUUCUCAUCCUACACAUCACUUUACCCCACGGCCAUCUUCUCUACUUGACCAGCAUAUAUCCCUUGGAUAGGGCGGAGAAUAGGCGAACUGCGCGAGCACUCAACCGACUUGUUUCUCUUUUUGUAUUCGAGUCACAUACCAUCUCCUCGCAUCUAAUCUUUUUUUUCCUUUUUUUCUUUUUUUUCGGUUGUCUUGGCUGGCUCUAAAGAUUUCUGUUACCGUAUUUUGUGUUUUCAUUUCUCUCUUUUUCCACAUUUUCUCUUCCCUCUCCUUCACUCGAAGGGCUGCUUUUGGGGGCCUGGUUGCCGACAGGAAGCUCCUGGGCCAACAGCAGUCGCUCAUCGAUCGCUUUAGUCAAUAACUUUUUAGUCCCGAGGUCGACGUGUACCCGUGCGAGCUUAGCAGCACGGCAGGGAGUUCUCGUUAGGAUGAUGGAGAUGUCUAUGUUUGGGUCGAGCAGCAUUUAGCCACUUUGUUGUCAUCUCAAGUCACAGCGUACAUGCGUUGCUUGU